CUGCAGUGCGGAACUCCUCCGAGAGAACGUGGCUGCAGCCCGAGAGGGGCCUGGGUGUGGAUGGAAGACUUUGACCGGGUUGAGGGAAACUCGUGCAGCUGUGUCGGUGGUGGCUCUGCCCGAGGUUUCUUGGGGCUCCGGCCGCGUGGGCAGAGGAGUGAGCUGUGACGGGACGCGCGUGGCAAGAGAAUCAUCAUCCAGGACCUGCCAGAAGCCAAAAGAAAAAAAUGGGGAGGGUUUUCCUCACGGGAGAAAAGGCCAACUCAGUAUUAAAACGCUACCCAAGAGCCAAUGGGCUUUUUGAAGAAAUAAGACAGGGCAACAUUGAGCGUGAGUGCAAAGAAGAAGUCUGCACAUACGAAGAAGCCAGAGAGGCUUUUGAAAAUCAUGAAAAAACUAAAGAGUUUUGGAGCACCUACACAAAAGCACAACAAGGAGAGACCAAUAGAGGAAGUGACUGGUUUCAAUUUUAUCUUACUUUUCCAUUAAUCUUUGGCCUCUUCAUUAUUCUCCUUGUCAUCUUUUUAAUCUGGAGAUGCUUUCUAAGAAACAAAACUCGGAGACAGACAGUAACUGAAAAUCACAUUCCUUUCCCUCAACAUCUUAACAUUAUUACACCACCUCCUCCACCAGAUGAAGUCUUUGAUAACAGUGGAUUGUCUCCAGGCUUUUUGGAAUACGUUGUUGGGCGCUCCGAUUCUGUCUCUACUCGCCUUUCCAACUGUGAUCCCCCACCAACCUAUGAGGAAGCCACUGGCCAGGUGAACUUGAGAAGGAGUGAAACAGAACCUCAUUUAGACCCACCACCAGAAUAUGAGGACAUAGUAAACUCCAGCUCAGCUAGUGCCAUUGCUAUGGUGCCUGUGGUCACCACCAUCAAAUGAAGCUGCAAAUAUCUUUUUACUCAAAUCAUUUCUAAAAUACUAAUGGAAGAACUUUCUAGCACUUUAUCACUACAUAAAUGUGCAUUGACUUAUUUUAUUGGAUUCUUACAGCAUACCACUUUACAUUAACUGGUUGAUUUAUCUUUAGUUUUGUUUCUUAUUAUAAAAGCAUUAUCCAUGUUCAUUUUUACAAGAAGAAACAUGAAGGAAAGACCUGCCAGUGAAGGUCUGUAAGUACUGUGAUACCAUACACAUAUGCUUAUAGCCACAUGUGCAUCAUUCAGUUUGUGGUUAACUCUUGUAAAAUUAACUAAUUUCCAUUACACCACCCAUAAAGACAGCAUUACUUGCCAAAAUUGAAAAGGCAAAUGGAAUCAACAGUUUAUGUGAUAGUCAGCAACAUGCAAUGUUUUCUAACUAUUGUUGAUGUUGGUUAAACUCCCAAUUCUUUCUUGAAAGGAAAAAAAAUGUACAUGAAUUCAUUCUCAAUUUUAGAGACAUCUCACAGAGGGAGAGUGAGACAGCGAUUAUAGUAUACAACAAGGAAAUCAUUGACCAUUAGUGGCAUUUAGCUCAUGUUGUACCAGGAUUUUUCUUCUUGGCUGAUUACCACACACUGUCUCAUUAAAAUUUGCUACCAUCUUUGAAUGUUUCAUGCCACUCAUAUUAUUAUCUUGUUUGCAAGAAUUUCUAGGUAAUGAAAUAAUGUAUGUGUUAAAACAGGGAGUAGAUACUGACCACUCCUUUGAUCAUAGUGUGGUGGCGUAAUAUUUUUUCUUUUACACUAAUUUUUAUUUUCUCAUUUCUACAAUAAACUCUUCAUGCACUUGAAUGAUUAGGUAAAACCAAUUUUUGAAUUAUAUUCUUAAUGUUUUAUACAGGCUGAAAUCUUAUUCUCAAAAUUAUUAGUAUACAAUUUUCCAUUCAAUAAUAAGCUGUGACAUUUGUGUUGAUACUCUAUUGAUAGAAUAUAUUUACCCAGUAUCUGCUAUAGUAGAUGCACACUAAAUCUAGUUUCAUCCCACAUAUAUCUCAUUAUUGUUGUUGUUUAUUUUAUAUUCUAUUAAUUUUUUUAGAUGCAGUAGUUUUUUUAUGUCUUUCCCAUGGAGUGGAGGGAGCAGGUUGUGAAUGAACUGCCAAAAUAAACUAUUUCAGAAGAAUUUUAGAAAAGGUCAAGUGACAUGGUGUAUGUACCAGUAAUUUGUUAAAUGUGAAGAACUAUUCAAAUGUAAGACUAUAGCAUUAGUAUUGCACUCCAGGGGGACAUUUCUUCCUGUUUCCCUAGAACUGACUAGAGCUUUCACAUAAUGACAAAUAGAGCAGUCUGCUCCAUAAAUAACUAAUGUUUUCCUCUGAAUGUACGGGGUAUAAUAUAAUAUGUACGUGAUAUAAUCUGGUCUAUAUAAAAGCUGUGCCAAUUUAAGUACAUUUGCCAAUGCAGCAUAAGAUGGAGAAAUGCUGGAAAUUACACCAAAGUACAGAAAUUAGUUAAUAGGUCUGAUGGAUUAAAAAAAUAUUGUAUCUUUAUAAUGGUCUCACCACAAAAAUAUUGCUUUGAAAUUUUUUCUGACUAUAUGAUCUUUACUUUCUAAUUAAGUAUGAAGUUAUAGGUGUUUGAUUCAAUGUGCAAGAUGAUUUAUAGAUUGUUUAUAACUGAAAAUUGAAGCUAUUUUUGUGGGGAUUUGUGUGUGUGUGUUUGUGUUUUGCAACACUAAUAUUAGGCUUUAGAUGAGACCAGUAAUUUUCAAAUGUGGUCACAGACCCUUAGAGUUCCUGAUGGCCUUUCAGGGGAUCGGUGCAAUCAAAGUAUUUUCAUUCUAUCUGAAGACAUUAUUUAUUUCUUUAUUCUAAGUCUCUCAAAACAGAAUUUAAAAAUGGAAAAAAUACAGUCUUCCCACACAUCUUUUUAAAAAAGAAAAUAUAGCUAUUUUUCAUAAAAAUUAAACACCUGUAUUGGCAUAUUUUUUUUAAUUUUUAGAUAAGCUAGGGUUUUAAUUUUUCAGUUCAUUUCUAAGAUGCUAAGUAUUGAUAGAUAUAAAUCUCAAAAAACAAAAGUUCUUUAGAGUCUAGAUUUCCCAAAGAAUGUAAAGGGGGAUCCAGAAGCCAAAAUUUUAAAUUAGACAAAAACACAAGACAUAUGGUCAUUAAGUUAGAUUUUUGUUCUUGUAACGUGAUUUUACAUUUUGAAAUCUGAAUAUUAGAUUUAACAUUUGCCACACUGAAGUAUAAGAAUGAGUGAUGGUUCUUGGAACAAAAACUAAAUGUUUAAAUUGAUCCACUGAUCAGUUUAAUGACAGCAAUUUAGAUUUUUGGUCAGAGAAAACACUACUUCAUAGUAAAUAAUAGUUGCAUUAACCAUAAAUUUCAUGAUAACUUUUCCAUGAUAAUGAUAGAAUAAUCAAAAUACUUUUCUUCAUGAAAUUUGAUUUUACAUUUUUUGUUGUGUUUGAGAAUACUUUAGGUUUCAUACUUUUAAAAUGCCCUUUGCUAGUCCUUCUGGUUUUAUAAAUUGAGUUUCUUAACAUUUAUUAUAAUUAAGGGGCUUAUCUGGAAUAAUGUAUAUUUUUAUGCUUUGCCUUUCCUACUUGAUUGAUACUGCAUUUGCCUUUGAUCAUUUUUAAUGAAGAUUUAUUUUUGCAGAAUAUACUUAAUACCUUUCUAAACAGUGAGUAAAUGGAAUUAAAUAGUCUAUAUUAUAUAAAAGGAUCUGCUCAUGGUUCCUCAAGUAGAAAGAUUUUCAAACCUCAACCUGCAGUGCUUAUGUCUAGAAUCCUUGAAUUGGUAAUUUAGGCUUGCUGCUCUAAAUAUCCCAGUAAAUUCUAUAUGUUUUAAAUAAACAAAAUGAUUGCUUCUUUUCCUAUUGACCAAUUAAAAUGGAGAUGUUAUAUUUGUUGAUUGCUAAUGAUAACUUCUUCAGGACUGAUGAUCUGAUCCAGUAACUACAAAGUUAGUUUUAACUCAGUUCUAUGUAAAUAGCAUGUGUUUUAUUACAAUACUUCACAUUUUCAAAUGUUUGGUUUACAUUAAAUUAUGGUAUUUAACUUUUUAUGUUUAUACUUGAUCCAGUUUUCUUAUUUUUCCCUGUUUUUAGUAUGCUAAAUAAAGCUAUUUUUAA